CCGGAAAACCCGUGAGUUAGUAGUUUUACUGUCGCAGACCAAAACGUUCAACUGCUGGCGGUGACAGAGCAGCGAAACAGGAGGACAGGACACGAUGCUGGAUUUAUUCAACAUUUAAACCACUUAAUGCAGCUUUAAACGAGAUGUUAUUUCAGCUAAACUAGCUAAAACUCCGUUGCUAACCGGGAAAGCUGUCGACCUGCUGGUGACUCUUUGAGUUAGUUAGAGCGAAGCCUGCUAGCUUACCCUGCUGGAUGACAUUAGCUUACAUGAAAUAUAAACAAACAACUAAGUUUUACUAAGGGGGAACAUUAAUCUCCCGAGCAGAUGCCUCUUCCGGAGAAGUCAAACAGCAGAGGGACGAAAAGGCUACAACUAGACUGGAGGUUUGUCCAGAGGUUCUGCAGCAUCCAGAAGGUUCUGUUCCCAUCAUGGAGCAGUCAGAGUGUCUUGAUGUUUGGUACGCUGCUUUGCGUCACUCUGACAGAGCAGCUGAUCAUUUACCAAGUGGGCAUCCUCCCCAGUCACUUCUACAAUGUGCUGGGAGACAAAAACUACUCCGGCUUCAAGAAUCUGUUGGGCACGGCCAUGGUGCUGAUUGUGGUCAACUCCACGCUGAAAAGUGUUGACCAGUACAUUUGCAAUCAGAUGUAUGUUAGCUGGAGAAAGACGCUGACUGAGAGCCUCCAUUCGGCCUAUUUCCAGGGCAGAGUCUAUUACACACUCAAUGUACUCAGAGAGGACAUAGACAACCCAGACCAGCGGAUCAGUCAGGAUGCAGAGAGGCUGUGCAAGCAGAUGAGCACGAUGGCGAGUCGCUUGAUCGUCUCUCCGUUUACUCUGACUUAUUACACCUAUCACUGCUUUCAGAGCACCGGCUGGAUCGGUCCUCUGAGUAUCUUUGGUUAUUUCGUGGUCGGGACCGUUGCCAAUAAAACCCUCAUGGGACCGAUUGUGUCGACUCUGUUUGAGCAAGAAAAACUGGAGGGAGACUUCAGAUUCAAGCACAUGCAAAUCCGUGUCAAUGCAGAGUCUGCAGCCUUUUACAGAGCUGGUAAAGUGGAGCACAUGAGGACGGACAGAAGACUGCAGACUCUGCUUCAGACGCAAAAACGUCUCAUAAACAAGGAGCUGUGGCUUUAUAUUGGGGUGAACACCUUCGACUACCUCGGAGGUUUUCUCAGCUACAUCAUCAUCUCCAUUCCCAUCUUUACUGGUGUUUAUGAUGGUCUGACUCCUGGUGAACUCAGUGCACUCAUCAGUAAGAAUGCCUUUGUGUGCAUCUACUUGAUAAAUGGCUUCACGCAGCUAAUAGACCUGUCAACGACUCUGUCAGAUGUGGCCGGAUACACCCACAGGAUCGGGGAGCUGAGGGAGGUGAUGGAUGACAUCCUACGCAAGCAGUGCAACUACGACCCUGCGUCAGGGGAAAGCUACGACUUUGACAGUGACUUUAACAUCCACGGAGGCCCUACAGACACUGCCUUCAUCCUGGACGGUCUUUCCUACAAAUCUCCUUAUUCAGAUCAGCUGCUGGUGGAAGAUCUGAGUCUGAAAAUCAGCCAGGGAACUCAUCUUCUGGUGGUGGGGAACACGGGCACCGGCAAGACGUCACUGCUGAGAGUCCUUAACCGUCUGUGGGAGGCCGACAGCGGUUUUGUCCAGAUGACAACAUGUUUCGGGCCCAGAGGAACCCUCUUCCUGCCUCAGAAGCCCUAUCUGACUGAUGGGACUCUACGUGAACAGGUGAUCUACCCACUGAAAGAUAUUUACCCUGAAUCAGGGUCAGUGGAUGAUGACAGAAUUAUACAUUUCCUGGAACUAGCCGGAGUGUCCAGUCUCCUGAAGCGGACCGGUGGACUGGAUGAAAAAGUGGACUGGAACUGGUAUGACGUUCUGUCUCCGGGUGAAAUGCAGCGUCUCUGCUUCGCACGGCUCUUUUACCUGCAGCCCAAAUAUGCAGUUUUAGAUGAGGCCACCAGCGCUCUGACCGAGGAGGCGGAGGCACAGCUGUACCGGACCUGUAAACAGCUGGGCAUGACGUUGAUCAGUCUGGGACACCGUAGCAGCCUGGAGAAGUAUCAUGAUGUCCAGUUGAAGCUCUGUGGAGAAGGCCGGUGGGAGUUAACGAAGUUAAAAGAAGCCAGCGGGAGUCUCAGUCAAAGCGAGGACGAGUUCUGAUCCGUCUUCUCUUUAAAGCAUCAAUGUUCAUAUUACUAAAUUUACCGGCAUUCAAGUGCUCUUAAUCGAGGUACUUUAAGCCCAGUUGCACGGUUGAAGGGAAACGUACAUGUGCAGUUUUGUCUGUAUUUAUAAGUCCAAAGGUGGUUUGAGAGGACAGCAUUUUAUCUCUUUCUUGAGUAAAAUUCAGUGGGAAUGCAGCAUUUUUUCAAACAAGUUAAUGGUCUGAUUGAGACAGAAAUCAAACUAAAUGUUAUGUAAAUCUUGUGUGCAUUUAUGAGAUUGCAGGUAUUAUGUUUACAGUCACUAUGUGGCAUUAAAACACGUUCUUUUAAUAAUUCCAAGAGUGGGGUACAUCUGAAGCAAUACAAUCAGUUGUAAAGAGUUGAUGAUUUCAUUAAAAAAAUCUACAAAUAAAAACUA